ACGUCUACGCGCAGCUCAAGCGACGACUGUACGUGUCGUUGACACUUGAAGACGGACUUAAGCACAUCUUCGGCACUAAUAAAUGUUCGGCAGGGGGCUACGAGCACGUUGGCGACGACGAUACUUAUACAGAACACAUAGAAAUGGAUCUGCACGCCAUAGAGCUUCACCUUACUAAACUGACCCGAAUGUUGAAGAAGAACGUACAUCCUUACUACGAGGCCGUGCCCCUUGGAGCGUACGACGGACAGCUGGAUAACACUGAUUCGCCCUAUCCGAGCUUUCUACAAAAGUUUAUUGAAAUAUCUGAUACAUACGAGGAUUCUAUUGAUACGGAUACGGGCAUGGACCGUGAAGUUGCUAUAGCAGCGGAAGCGGAAUCGGAACGUCAAGUUUAUGCGUUAGGUUUGCCAGAUAAGGUUGCUGCCCUUUUUUCUACGGAUGCGGCAGAAGGAAAGGCUUUCGAUAUGGCCUAUGGCCACGUCGUUGCCGUGGGGGUGACUCAGGGCAUCGAAGUUAACUUAGAAGUGCCUGCAGGCCAAAAAGCAAUGAUUAACAUCUUUCUGGAUAAGGACAUCUACGUCAUCAAAUGGAGAGCGCAGUUUUUGGCUGCUGGUUUCGUCACAAUCAAGUGGUGUGACCGGUGGGCUACUAUUCAUCUUACCCAGAUCCUGGACCAGCGACAGCGAGAGUUCUUCGCUUUUGGCACAGUAAAGUAUCACGAGCGCUUCCAGUACGGGGCCAAGGUAACAUUCUACGACAAACACGGCCACCAAAUCGGCCCGGAGCCGACGCCGCUGCGUGGAGAAGUGGACGUGGAACCAUUAGAAGCCAGGCGCGAACACAAUCAGCCACUGACUAGAAGGCACGGCAGCUCGAGGCUCGAUAAAAGUCGAAGGUCUCAGCGUCGACGAGCAGGCGGCAAGUCGAAACCACAUAAGUCUGUUAAGGCAACCUCGGUUUUCUCGGUAGACUCAGAUGAAACACGAGACCGCCGCAGUGGGCCUAUUAUCCGGGAGUUAAACGUGAACUAGUUGUUAUUUUAGUCAGCUACAUUCAAGUGAUGAACAAGUAACGUUCAGAUAAUUGCGUUCAUGAAACGUGUGAUAAUGCCAAUGAAUCACACGCGAGUGAAUGCAUCACCGUAAAUAAACUAAUUUCGCAUUGCGGCCGCGAAAAACGCUCCCGAUAUUCUGCGCUAACAUAAUAUAAGCAGGCAGCCGAUUCUACUUUGCAAAUACGGAAUUUUUGUCGUUGACUAGCAUGCCAUGCAUGUAGACACAGUGGCAUUUUCGGAUUUCUCAAUCUCAAGAGAUGGCGAUGCAAUCACUGUAAAGUGCAUAAUUGCAUUUGUAAUCAUAAAUAAGCGGCGUGUUAGGUACUAUUUAUUAUACUAUUAGGUUCAUUUUUUAAAUACAUAACGGCCUCAUAUCACUAGCAUAUAUUGUUAGUAUAGAACGAACAACGUUUUGUAAUAUAAACCAUUUAAAAUUAUGCACAUUACUAUAUUCCUCAUAUCGUUUGAUUGUAAACGAUUUACACAUAGCUCAUACAUAGGUACGCAAUAAUUAUCAAAUUUCCUAUAUAAUUUUGUAUAUAUUAACUACUUUCAGCGGCGCAUGCUUUGAUCAUGCAUUUCACGAUAUUAGUUACUGGUUUUUCUUGUAAUAUAUACAAUAUUAGGUGCGUUGUACAAUAUUACAAUAUUAGGUACAAUAUUAUAUAUAUACCUAUU